UAGUAAACUCCAUGAGUGUAUUUAAUUUAGCAAAGACAGACAUUCACAAUUGGGUGGCACACUGUAUGCUAAAAAUGGUGUCAGAAGAACAGAAAACCAAGAAAGAAAAUAACCACCAUGAAAUACAGUUUACAAAAGAUGUCCAUGAAAAAGAUGAACAUGAAAUGCUCUACAAGAUUGAAGAUGUUCCACCAUGGUAUCUAUGCAUUUUCCUUGGAUUACAGCAUUACUUGACGUGUUUCAGUGCCACAAUAGCCAUACCAUUUCUACUGGCAAAUGCCCUGUGUAUUGGGAAUGAUCAACAGACUGUGAGUCAGCUUAUUGGAACCAUAUUUACUUGUGUUGGAAUCACAACAUUCAUCCAAACAACAAUUGGCAUAAGGCUGCCAAUAUUUCAGGCAAGUGCUUUUGCUUUUUUGGUUCCAGCUAGAGCAAUUUUAUCCCUCGAAAAAUGGAAAUGUCCACCUGAGGAACAAAUUUAUGGAAAUGGGACUGCGCCUUUUAACACUUCACAUAUCUGGCAACCAAGAAUUAGAGAGAUUCAAGGUGCCAUCAUAGUGUCAAGUGUGCUUGAAGUUCUUGUUGGACUAAGUGGCUUACCUGGAGCACUCCUCAAUUACAUUGGACCUCUCACAGUUGCACCAACAAUUUCCUUGAUAGGACUUUCUGUGUUUGAAGCAGCAGGACAACGAGCAGGCUCUCACUGGGGCAUUUCAAUACUGUCACUGACACUGAUUAUAAUGUUUGCACAGUACCUGAGAAAUGUAACUUUCCGUGUUCCUGGUUAUAAAUAUGGAGAAGGCCUAAAGAUAUAUAAGAUACAAAUCUUCAAAAUGUUUCCGAUUAUAAUGGCCAUUAUGGUGGUUUGGCUGCUGUGCUACAUUUUAACGCUAAGUGGUAUAUUUCCAACGGAGGAGAAAACAUAUGGCUAUAGCGCCAGAACUGAUGCAAGGGGUGAAAUAAUGACAAGUUCCCCAUGGUUUCGUUUUCCAUAUCCAUGCCAAUGGGGAUUGCCUACUGUAACAAUAGCCGGAGUUCUAGGAAUGUUUAGUGCUACCUUGGCUGGCAUUGUUGAAUCUAUGGGAGAUUAUUAUGCUUGUGCUCGAUUAUCAGGAGCUCCUCCGCCACCUGUUCAUGCUAUAAAUAGGGGAAUAUUUAUUGAAGGCAUUUGCUGUAUUAUUGCUGGUUUACUUGGAACUGGAAAUGGUUCUACGUCAUCAAGUCCAAAUAUAGGCGUUUUGGGUAUAACAAAGAUUGGCAGCAGAAGAGUUGUACAAUAUGGUGCUGGAAUCAUGUUUGUAUUAGGAACAGUGGGAAAAUUUACUGCUCUGUUUGCUUCGAUUCCAGAUCCAAUUCUUGGUGGAAUGUUUUGCACAUUAUUUGGGAUGAUAACUGCAAUUGGUCUGUCAAAUCUCCAGUUUGUCGACAUGAAUUCCUCGAGAAAUUUAUUUGUUUUGGGAUUUUCAUUAUUUUUUGGAUUAGCUUUACCAAACUUCUUGGACUCCCAUCCCAACUUUAUUCAAACGGGUUUAAUAGAACUGGAUCAAAUACUGACCGUGCUUUUGACAACAGAGAUGUUUGUUGGCGGAUGCCUCGCAUUUUUCCUGGACAAUACUAUGCCAGGCACCCCUGAAGAACGUGGCUUGGUGCAAUGGAAACAAGGAGCAAAUGCCAACAGUGAAACAUCAGAAGACCUGAAAAGUUACGAUUUUCCAUUAGGAAUGUCGUUUGUUAAAAAUGUACCCUGUUUCCAAAAGAUCCCAAUUUGUCCAGUUUUCACAGGAUUCAGACGGCUUUCUGGUAAGGUUGAAGCAACCAAGGCAAACGGCGAUAACGUAAAACAAAACGAGUGCACUAGAGUUUAAGGUUUGAUACUUUUAAAUGGGACAAUAUACACUUCUGAAUGAGUGCAAUAAAUUGAGUUUUAGUGAA